AUGGCAGAGUCUGCUGGUGACCACUCCGAGACCGGAGAUUAUCGGCUCAUAUCGAAAGCAGACGCGGAAGCAUUUGCAACUAGGCUGCUGGUGGCCAACGGAACACCAACGUCUCACGCCGAACAUGUUGCCGCAUGCCUGGUCCUCGCCGACCUGCGCGGGAUCGAAUCGCAUGGGAUCAACCGCCUCAUCCCGUACCUGAUCCGCGUACGCGCAGGUCUCCUCGACCCGGCCGCCGAGCCCAUCCUCAAACAAGUCACGCCGGUGGUAGGAGAAAUUGACGGGAAGAAUGGCUGGGGUUUUCUGACCGCCAAAGCCGGUAUGCAGCGGGCGUGCGACAUGGCGCAGACGUUCGGAAUCGGCAUGGUGUCGGCGCACCACAGCAACCACUUUGGCAUGAGCGCGUGGAUUGUAGAGCAGGCCAUUGAGGCGGGGAUGAUGUCCCUCGUCUUCACCAAUUCCUCGUCGGCGCUCCCCGCGUUCGGUGGUCGAGAGAAGCUGCUAGGUGUGAGUCCUAUUGCCGCCGGAGCUCCUGGAGGGAACCAUCCGCCGUUCAUUCUUGACUUCGCGCCAAGUGUCGCAGCGAGAGGCAAGGUUCACAAAGCGCUGAGGCGUGGCGAGGAGAUCCCGUUCGGCUGGGCGUUGGACGCCGAAGGGAGGGACACAACCGACCCGGCAGCGGCUCUCGAGGGCACGAUGCUUCCGAUGGCCGGCCCUAAAGGCUCGGCGUUGGCAAUCAUGAUGGACGUGUUCUCAGGUGUUCUCUCUGGGUCUGCGUUUGCUGGGGAGGUCGUCGGUCCAUAUGACAAGACGCGAGGGCCGGGGGAAGGAGUGGGCCACCUUUUCGUGGCGAUGAAGCCAGACCUCUUCGUUAGCGGGGAAGAGUUCCGCCACAGGAUGAAUCAUCUGUAUGAGAGGGUAACCGGGAGCAAGAAAGCAGACGGAGUCGAAAGGAUAUACUUUCCUGGUGAAGUUGAGGGGGAAAAGCGCAAGCAAAGGGAAGUGUCCGGAAUCCCUUUUGCACACAUUGAGGUCAACAGCCUCAAUGAAGAAGCGAGAAAGGCUGGGGUGGAAGGGAUCUAA